AUGGCUCCAGCAAACGUGGACUUGGCCGUCUCGAUACCUACCUUCAUCGGAUCUGUCUUGUCCGCUCUGUUUACAUUUACCGUUCUAAUUUUACACUUUAUUUCUCCACCUCGACGCCGGCAUGUCCGUCAUGCGCUCAUUGUCAACCUUCUUCUAUCCGGUAUGAGAUGUGCUUUGGAGGAGGAUUUGUGCAACACGAUUCACCGACGGCCCACGAACGCAAGCUUUCAACUAAGUCUUGGCCGGUAUACGUACAUGCCGCUGCUACGGCCCUCGAAAUUCACCACCACAACAGCCUUAAUAUUUUGCACCUACCUAGUGCAGGACCAAAAAGAAAAGUGCAGAGCCCGUUUCCAGAGAUACAACGAUUCUGGGAACACAGUAGCGGGGAUUUGCUCUCUGCCAUCUUGGUGUCCCGAUUACAGUAUCCGUGGCCACGCGACGUUUGAUCGGACUUUGGGUGCGCCCUUGGAUCAGGUCAUUCCAUCACCUUGGGGACCUGUGGCUCCCGAUUUCGAGAUACAGCACGAUAACAUACUCGUCGCCAAGGGAAUACAGUAUGACUACAUCACCCAUAUCAACAACGUUGACAAUGUCACGAUGGAAGAGGACAAUGAUACAGACCAGGACUUCACGAGAUGCAUCUUAGAACUAUUCAAGUUCAUAAUUGGGAUUGAGAUGGAUGCAGAGCUUCAAUCACAUGAAUUAGGGACAAGACGAGCUGGGCUCAUCUGGCGGAUAAUGUGUGGAGAUUGCUUUUGCAUGCAGACUCCUGCGCCCCCUAUCGCAGGUCUCUUCUUCAACGUAUUUCUGAGCAUCAUGUUCCGUCUGAGUCCUGAUUGCCCAGUAGCACAAGAUGCCGAACAAAGUGUAUUUGAUCCCAAUCUCAAUCAAUACAUGGAGCUUGUUGACCGGCUUCUCGAAAUGGAACCAGAUAGUCGACCGUUUCUUCCUGAUACGAGGAGGUUGCGACAAAUAUACCAUGAUACACAGACAAAAUUUGUGAGUAUUGAGCAGCGUCAAGAGGCUUUUUGGAUGGGUUGCAUGGCGGACUCGAUCCGAGACCUCAUGGUCCGAGCCGGAGAGGCUGGUAUCAUGUCUGAAGUUGUCGACCUCCUCGGAAAUAAACCUGAGACUAUACAAAGCCUACAAAAAUCUGCGCUGAAUUCGCAUGCUCUACUAGACCCGCCGAGUCUGUAUUGGAGUCAAAUCCACUAG